UCUGUUUGCAUACUAGUGGGCGCUGAAAAGAUACACUCGGUGGAAAGCCAUUUUCCAGAUUUCUGCCAGUUGGCGAGGAGAAUUCGUGACGUUCAUAGCGCUAAUUUCGGUCGGUCCGGGAAAUUCUUCCAAUAACCGCACUACCAUCGCUACCGCUACUCUCAUCGUCGUCGUGAUUGUCGUUGGCUUAGGGUUUGGAUUUUCCUUUCGGACACACGCCCAAAAUAGCCCCACAAGAUGUGAUGAUUGUGAUAUUUUGUUCUCUAAUAAGUGUUAGUACUGCUAGUAAUUAAGUGUUAUCAAUAUUUUCGUGCUGAGUUAAAUUGCUUGUUUGCUCUGGAUAUGCCACAGUAGGUUGGUUGAGGAAAUCUGAAAAUGGAGCAAGUGCGUGUUCACUCCAAGAGCAAGCAUCGUAGUUCUAGAUCCGGAUCUAGCUCACGACGAGUUUCCAACAGCAGUGGCCAUCUUCGGUUGGAGCCAGAGCAAACCCCCGGUAGCGCACGGGAAGAAGAUGAAGUGUCUAAAAAUAGAGCAAACUCUGUGAAAGGUUCUUGUUCGCAACCUGAGGAAAAUGCGGAUAGUGCCAGCACGACGACAAAUGCCAGCUCAAAGGCUAACAAUAACAACAAUAACAAUGAUGAUGAUGCAAUUGAUAAUAACAAAAAUCCACCCGAGCAGCAGCGAGUGGAAACGACUUCCAUUGAUACCGUUCCUGGAACCGAUGACAAGCUGCAGAAGGGCAUUCUGGGCUAUAUGGAUCGUCAGUUGAAGGUGCAAUCCUUGUCGGAUCCGCAGAAAAGUCCUGCUCAAAGGAGCACCCGUAGCCGUAGUAGCUUGGAUAAAAGCCCACGCAGGAAGCGCAGCAAGUCGGAGUCCCGCAGGCGGAGGGAACGGAAAAUUAUCGCCGCAGGCGAAAUGGAAGUCCGCCAGGCAAACGAAACUCUUAUGAGGUAUCUGAAGCAGUGUUCCGAUUUCAAUGACGCCUCCCUGUCGGGAGAUUUGGAAAUUCCGGAAAAUCUAGAGGAUAGGCGAGUUCACCGGAAGACCAAGUCCCAACGGGAACGGAAGCAUCAGCAGCAAAACGUACCGAAGCCAAUUGGCGACGACACAUCCAACUACCAUGGUGAAAUCUACAACCCUUUCACGCCUGUCGUUUCGCCCACGACGGAUACGGCCCCGACCAGAAUCGAUAAGAUGUACAUACAGACGGCUAGUGGAUAUCGACCAGUAGACAAUACGUAUCACCAUCACCUCCAGCAUCAUUCGCACCAUCAUCACCAUCUCCAGCCGGGCGGUGGUGGUGACCCUGAAAGCAAUAACUAUACAAUAAGAACCGCGGUCCAUUUGUCCUGUGCAGUGCAAAGCUUAUGGUUGCACAUGUCCAACGUGUGCCACGGUCUGCUGGGAGGACUCGCCCUGGCUCAUCUACUGCUGAUAUGUACGACCAAACCGUACGAUUGGGUCGAAGCGUCGAUUCGUCACUAUUCGGCCUUUGCGGAAGUCUACGCCAAUACGUUCUACUGCUUAGCAAUCGUCUGUAUGGUUUCGAUAUUCGAUAGAAUGGACAUAUCACACUUCAGCUUAUCGAGUGCAGCGGAUAAUAACAUUUCCUUUCGAUCGGUGGUUAUCAUUAUGAUCUAUGCAGCAACGAUUGUCCUUAGUCUGUCGGCUGGAUCGAUGGACGAACGCCUUUAUCUGUCCUCCUCUAAUGUGACUGUGUGGGAAGAGGAAUUGGAAACGAACAAAGUACUCAGCAUCUGGAAUACUCUCUCGAUAGCUCGCAGUGUAGGCGCUAUUUUCGGAUGGGUUGUGAUUGGCAUGUCGCCAGACCAAGAUCAGCUAUACGAGCAUCUGUACGAGAUGGAGAAAUAUCAACUUCAAUAAGCGAGAAAUUGGUACCAAAAAGAUAAACAUAAUGAAAUCGACGAUAAUAAGCCUCUCAACAAUUACAGUCUACUUUCAACUUACAAUAGCAUGCACGACUGUAACUGUAAAUGCCGCUGUAAAUACUAAUUAAGGAAUUUAGCUAAUGAAACAGAUACCAAACAAGAAAACAUUAAGCAUUCGACAGUAAUGUAAACGAAGUCACUGGCUCAGACAUCAUUGUAACAAUAAACCAGCAAAAUAAAAGGAGAAAUAAAGGACUACAAUAGGAUACGCGAUGGAAAUAAAACAAACCAAUCGAACUAAACGCUAAAUGUGGAAUAACAAACAUACCCAACACAACAAACAAACAAACAAACCAAAACAAGCCGAAAUCAGUUAAAUGUAUCCAGUAUAGAAAAAGGAAAAAAAAAAUGUUGUCUGUACUACCUAAUUUAGACAACGAUCAAAUUGGAGGCACUCCGUACUAAA